AUGCCCUCCAUCUUUUCCAAACUGAAGGGUAUGCUCUGCAUCCCUGACAGCUCUAAACCUCACUCAGAGAAAGCAGCUUCCAGAAAACCUCCGCCACCACCAUCGGCCCCGAAGCCGGCCGAAGAUGAACGGCGACGGUCUUCUGACACAUGCAGCUCUGCCUCGUCGAGCGACAGCAAGCGAUCCGACCAAGUCUUGGAAGUCCUUAAAGCCUUCAACCUCAAGAAUAUCAAGACAGUCGCAGACGUGGCUAUGAUCGGUGUGGAUGGCGAACCCGUCGACGACAAAACCUAUCUCAUGGAACGGAUCAUUCAACUGGCAGCAGACCUUCCCGUGACCAGCAGGACCAGCGCCACUUUGACCAACGCAUUUCUGAAUCAAUUGUGGACAGACCUACAACAUCCACCCCAGUCGUAUCUUGGUACGGAGUACAUCUACCGUAAGGCUGAUGGCUCCAAUAACAACAUUCUGUGGCCUCAUCUUGGCGCCGCUGGCCAGCCUUAUGCUCGGACCGUACGUCCCAGGCGAAUGCAACCCAUUGAUCGCCCUGAUCCUGGACUUGUUUUUGAUAGCCUUUUGGUGCGAAAGGAGUUCCAACCCCAUCCCAACAAAAUCUCAAGUGUGUUGUUCUAUGUAGCAUCGAUCAUUAUUCACGACAUCUUUCACACCAAUCAUGAAGACUACAGUAUAUCCGACACUUCCUCCUAUCUCGAUCUCGCUCCUCUCUACGGAAGCAGUCAGAAAGAACAAGAGUCCGUCCGGGCCAUGCGUGACGGCAUGCUGAAGCCCGAUUGCUUUGCCGACGUCCGGAUCCUGGGUUUUCCCCCGGGCGUGGGAGUACUUCUUAUCAUGUUCAAUCGCUUCCAUAAUCACGUUGCAGAGACUCUUGCUCUCAUUGAUGAAAAUGGCCGCUUUUCGAGGAUCCUCAAUCCCCAAGGCACGCCAAAACCUCCCAAUGCCCAAGCGCUCUAUGACGAGGCCCUGUUCCAGACCGCACGACUGGUCACAACGGGCCUCUACGUCAACAUUAUCUUGAAAGACUACGUCAGGACGAUUCUCAACUUGAAUAGAGUGGACAGUUUGUGGAAUCUGGACCCGAGAUCCGAGGAAGGAAAGGCGAUUUUUGGCCACAAAAUCCCGGAAGCGACCGGAAAUUCUGUCUCGGCUGAAUUCAACCUCGUUUAUCGGUGGCAUGCUUGUGUCUCGGAAAGAGACGAACAGUGGACAAAGGACGUAUACACCACACUCUUCGGAGACUACCCGACUCAAAGUCUGGGUGCGUUCCUCUCUGCACUUGAUGGGUGGGCAAAGACUUUGAGCUCAGAUCCAUUGAAAAGGGAAUUUGCCGGCCUUAGCCGGCUACCAAAUAACAAGUUCCCCGAUGAAAAGCUGGCAGCAAUAUGGACAGCGUCUGUCUCGGACAUCGCGGGUAGCUAUGGCGCUGGUCACGUCCCGGCGAUCUUCAAGAAUGUGGAAAUCCUGGGGAUAAUACAGAGUCGAUCCUGGAAUUUGGCCAGCUUGAAUGAGUUCCGGGAAUAUUUCAAGCUGCAACCCCAUGAGACUUUCAAAGAUAUCAAUCCCGAUCCGAUAAUUGCGGAGCAGCUUCGACGUCUCUACGGCCACCCUGACAACGUCGAGAUCUACCCCGGGGUUAUCGUUGAGGCCGCCAAAGAAUCAAAACUGCCUGGAAGCGGACUGUGCACCAACUUCACCACCUCUCGGGCAAUCUUGUCGGAUGCAGUCGCGCUUGUUCGCGGGGAUCGCUUCUACACGGUUGACUAUACACCAGCCAAUCUGACAAAUUGGGGUUUCAAUGAAGCAAGUUAUGAUUUGUCUAUUAAUUACGGAUGCGUCUUCUACAAGCUUGUCCUCAAUGCGUUUCCCAACAGUUAUCGACCAAACUCCAUCUAUGCACACUAUCCAUUGGUAAUUCCCGAGGAGAAUAAGGUAAUAUUAACUGGGCUGAAGAAAGCGGACCGUUACAACUUCGACAAGCCCAUGGACCUCCCAGCACCGGCGAUCUUCAAAUCCGUCGAGGCGUGCAGGGCAGUGGCUAAUGAUACGAGUGCCUUCCAUUCCACUUGGGAACCAUUGGCAUUUUCUUCGGGGUACGGUCUCCAAAAGAGUCGUGAACAAGCUCCAAUACUCGCCCAGAAACUGAUGGAACAUGAAGGGCUGCAAAGUGCUGCAGCUACUUUCUACAAAGACACCAUUGCAAGCUUGGUGAAGAGUGAAUCUUACCAAGUUGGGGGAACUCGGCAGGUUGAUGUCAUACGUGAUGUUUUCAAUGUCGCUCACGCACGGUUCGUGGCCAAUGUCUUUUUCUUGCCGUUGGGUUCCAAUGGAAAAGGUCGUAACAAGUACGAUGAGUUUGACAUUAUCACACUCUUGUCUGCUGUGUAUGCUUGCACAAGCCCAGAGCAAAGUUCGGCACAUCGUUUUGUUAUCAUGAAAAAGAAGCAAAGGGGGAUUCGGCAGCUGGCAGAGCACGUUCAGGAGGACGUCGACGGUCUCAUCAGAGGAAAUUUUGGUCUCCACUCACAUUCCACUGUCCAGCUCCGAAGCUAUGCUACUCAGGCCAUCCAAGCAGUCUCGAAAAGCGGAUUAUCGCCAACUGAGAUCGUAUGGAGUCAAAUUCUCCCACUGGCCGCAAGGAUCUUCGUUACGCAAUCACGCGCAUCUGCCGAAGGCAUCGACUAUCUUUUCGGUGGCGGGCAAGCGAAGUUCCAGGACUUGCAGGAAUUGCCAAGAACUGGGACUACGUCCUCGGGCAAAUUUCAAUCAUGUGUUGAUGACAUCUGCCGCAUACUGCCAUCGACACCCCUCUUCAGGCAAGCAGCAUCAUCGAAAAUCAUCGUAGAUGAAGGGCGUCAAGUUGAACUUUUUCCAGGACAGAUUGUUCUCUGUGAAGCAUGCCGGCAGACUGCGGUGACUGGUGAUGGUGGUACGACCUCCGAGGCAAACGGGCCUGUAGCGGUUGAAAUAUCUCUCGGAGCCCAACUAGGCAAAGCCAUUGUGAGCGCAAUGCUCGAAGUGCUCUGCCAACUUCACAAGGUGAGCCGGCCAGCGGGCGCCACAGGCCGACUUCGACGCCUAAGACAGGACAAUACAAUUACUUAUCUCAAUGUUGAGGAGAGCACGAGUAUUCCACAUCCAAGCUCGAUGAAAGUGAACUGGCAGGAGUAA